AUGAACGCACUGGUACGACAUAGAAUGGUAAGAUGUAUUACCACAGUGAGAAAUCCGAUAUUUAUAAAUGGAUUCCUACAUACUAGAUCAUUUUCUUCAUAUGGUGAUCAAUUGUGCUUCCAAAAUGACUCAUUUAAAUUGAAAGAGGAUAAUAAAGUUUGGGAUACCGUUGAAGAUAAAUUAAAGGUUUACAAAUUGAAAUAUGUUGACUUGCAAGGUAAAAUGGAUAAAUAUAAGAAUCAAAUAUUUUCACAGGUUAAUGUAAUUAAAAAAUCAAUUAAUGAAGCAAAUAAAAAAAUUGAAGAACAAGAGAAAGAAGGUGCUGAUGAAAAAUUGAACUUUAAGAGAAAUGCUCAAACUAGCGAUGAUAUUAUAGGAUUACCAUCAGAUAGAGAAUUGAAUCGAAAACAAUGGAAAAGAAAAUUAGAAUUUUAUUUGGAUUCUUUACAAGAGACAAUUUUUACUGCCACAAGGGCAUUAAAUGAUGUUACUGGUUAUUCAAGUAUUCAAACUUUAAGAAACUCUAUAACAAUAAUGGAAAAACAAUUAGAUGUUGCUAAGCAAGAUGUUAAAAAUUAUAAAUCUCAAUAUGAUAAUGCAAUUGACUCUAGAGCAACUUCUCAAAAACAAUUAAAUGAAUUGUUACAAAGGAAAAGUUCAUGGACCCCACAAGAAUUAAAACAAUUCACUGAUUUAUAUCAAGCUGAUGCAACCAAUUCACAAAAUGAAAAAAAAUUAAAAGCUAAAUUAAUUGAAUUGGAGGCAAAAGAAAUUAAAUUAGAAGAUGAAUUAUAUAGAGCAAUUUUAACUAGGUAUCAUGAAGAACAAAUUUGGUCAGAUAAAAUUAGAAGAACAUCAACUUGGGGUACUUUCUUUCUAAUGGGUAUGAAUAUCAUACUGUUCUUAGUAUUCCAAUUGUUAUUAGAACCCUGGAAAAGAAGAAGAUUAACACGUUCAUUUGAAGAUAAAGUUAAAACUGCCUUACAAAAUUAUUCUCACGAGCAGAAUGAAAAUACUUUAGAACUUUUAAAACAGCAUAACAUUUUGACGACGACGAAAAAAGAAGAAGGAAAUCUCGAUAUUGAGCCUGAUAGUACACCAAGUUCAUUGCUAUCGGAAAACACAAGCACAGAUAUACCAUCCGAGUCAGAAGGGACUACUAAUACAGACUAUUCAUUUCCAAACAUACUGGCCAAAGUGAAACAUUUUGGAAUUAAACUAAUGAGUUUAUCCUCUAUUCAAGGUACUAAUGAAAUUCUUUUAUCGAAUGCAGAAUUUUAUAUAUAUUCUUCCUGUCUCAUAGCAGUUGGUGCACUCAUAAAUGGUAUAUUUUCUAAUAAUUAA